UCUUUAGAAGGUAUUUUUCUUAAUAAUGUACCUACUAUAUUCAACUACUGUGAUAAGGUUACCUUCAAGCCGAGCUGAUGUAUACUGCAUUGUCUGCAAUUGUGUUUGUUGUUUUGCUAGCUGGAAGGGGCUUAAAAUGUUCUCUACUUGCAAAUAGUGAAGACUUUGUUCGACCACGUGAAUAUGAUUCUAAAGGAGAUAUCCCACCUACAUAUAUUGUGAAUCUCGACUUACCACCUCGAGAUAGAUGGACCGAUCUCAUAAAUCAUUUUGAUAGAAAUCAGGUAUUAAAGGUUGUUGAAGAGGCUUUAAAAGCUGUGGAAAAGAAUCCAUAUAUCAGAGAUCUAGCUGUGAAAAUAGCUGCAGAUUUAGAUAGAUUUCUUCCACCGCCAUAUUCGGAUGAGAUACGAGGAAUAAGUGAAGGAUUCCAGAUUGAUCUUGGGCUUGUUGUUUUUGCAAAUAUAUUCUAUGACAUGGAGGCAUAUGCAGGAAGCCCAUUACGCAUGUGUACAUCUAUUGUGACAAUGGAUAGAGAGGGUCAGAUCAUCCAUGGAAGAAAUUUUGACUUUGAUUUUGCGGACAUACUGAGAAAUAUCACGGUUGUUAUGGAAUUUCAAAAAGGUGGCAAGACAUUGUUUUACGGUGUGGGAUUUGCUGGCAUGAUUGGUCCCCAAACUGUUUAUAAACCAGGAGCAUUCACACUUUCAGUUAAUCAAAGGAACACUGGAAAAUGGUGGCUCAAUUUACUGUCUGCAUUGGGAGAAGCAUGGCCAACAGUUUUCUAUAUCAGGGAGGUUUCUGAAAGGUCCAACAACUAUGCUGAAGCACUUGCAAUGACAAAAUCAAUGCGAACUAUCUCACCUAAUUAUUUUAUUUGUGGUGGAAUGAACGCAUAUGAAGGAUUUGUUGGUAUUGGAAAUAGAUGGGGAGCUAAAAUCGAAACAUUCAAUAAUACUUACCAACACAAGUGGUAUUUACUUGAAACGAAUUAUGAUCCGUGGACUAAGCCUCCUGCCAGUGAUGAUCGUAGAAAUGUUGCAAUAAAACUUAUGAACAGUAUUGGACAACAAAAUAUGGAUGUUGAUAAGUUGUACAAUGUUUUGUCUACACCACCAAUAUUGAAUGAUGGAACAACUUUCACCACAUUAAUGAGUGCUCGUAAUUCUUCAGUCUAUCAUACUGUCAUCAGACAUCCCUGAAAAUUUAUACUUUCUGUGAACGUUCUAAAAAUUUCCAAUUAGAGAGCAUCAGCCACUUUCAUUCGAAAUGUCUCUCAGUCUUAACCAUCAUUCACAAACAUUUUAAAUAUAGGUCAUUGCAGUAUAUUUUUAAACAUUAAUUUGAAGUUAAGUAGGAAUAGCUAAAAGUAAGGAAUAUCAUCUCAUUUUAUCACUUCAUCAAGCAUUUUUAUCAGGUUACUUUUAUCCUAUAAUGUUUUGCAUUUGAGAAUCGAGUAGUAAUUGUCAUAUCAUUUUUGCAUAAUACGCCCAUUUGAUUACUGACUGCCUGUGACCUUCACCUCUUCAAAGCCUAAAGAUUAGAAAUUUUUUUAGUGUAUUUUUCUGAUAGAAAACGGAUGUCUUAAUUUAUUUAAUUUUGUUAGUGCAAUAUUAGAGUUAAUUUUUACCUCACCUCUCAUUGUGAGCGUUUAGCACAUGAUACAGAAAACUCCAGCAUUUCCAAUGUGGUCUGAACUGCUGCUGCAGGGUCAAAAAUUACCUCCUAAUGUAUUCACAAAGAAGUUGUUGCCAAUUGAGGAAACUAUAUUCUAUUGAUAAAUACAGCAGAUUUUAUGAAGUUGUAAUUGCAAAUAGGUGCUGCUUCCCAAGUCUUAAAAGCAUUAUAAUCUUGUGUGUGCAAUUGUAGAUGAAUCCAUUACAACAGUGGAUCUGAAAUUCUGUCAAAAUAUGUUGCAUUCCUAUAUUUUUUGUUAAUUUAGAAAGCUCUAUUAGAGUUGUGUGUUUUGCAUUUCUCAUAAUAUUUGUGCUCAAAUCAUAUUUGUAGAGAAGUGCAUUUGCCAACAUGCAAUAUUUCGAUUUACACUACAUCAAUUAUGUACUUCAUUAAAUGCAAACUGAGAAGGAUACACCGUACUUCAAUUAAGGAUUGCCGAAUGAAACAAUUUCACAAAUAAUCCCAUUGCAAAUAAAUCCUGCUUAUUUGAUUUAUUGGAUAAAUAUUUUAAUAUCUGCUCGUAACGAGACACAUUUUUUUUCCGAAUUUAACUGUAAUUCAAAAUACACAAAAUGUCUCUUGUCUUCAUGAAGUUAGUUCAAACACAUUUUUUGCACAAAAAUUUUCCUUUACAGAUGUUCUGAUACAUAACAUAUUAUCAAUACACUAUGCACUUGUUUUUAGCCUGGAAAACUUUCUUUAGUAUAUAAUUCUCGUUAUUAGUGAUUUGUUCUUUCGCCUCCAUAUAGUUAUAAUUAAAUAAUAAACAUUAUUUCAUGUAAAA